AUGCCUGUAUCAUUCCAGAACGCGCAGGGGAUCCGGGAAUACCUGGAGGACGCUUCCAGGCACCGCGAUCCUCACCUUCCCGCCUUGUGGAACGUCAUCAGUAAGUCUCACCUCCUUCCAGCCUUUUCCCAUAUGAAAACUGCCGCUAAUAGAAAUCGCCUCUCAGUGACAAUCCAGGUAAACCUGAUCGACCCUGCAACCAAAGCCAUCCGCUCCUUCGCCGAGUUUACCCAUCGUCGUGCUUACGACCCCAUGUACGGGCGCUUCGCUGAAAGUGUCUACGAAUGGCUCAUCUUCCUUCAUCGGGCCGACCUGACCGCUGAAGGACUCGCCAAAAUCGGGCACACCAAGCCUGGUUUGGUUGAGAAGCUGAAAAAGACGCUUGCUUCCCAUGAGAUUGGCCAUCCACGCAAGGCCAGGGCUCGCGAGAACCACCCAGCCGGCCAAGCAUACAAGCGCAUCUACAUGACGGAAGCCGACUUCAUGGUCGGCGAGGGUGCAAUGGAGUAUCUUGGCCGUCCCAACGCGCAGAUCCUGGAGUCCCAGAUCCGUGAUAUACCUACGAGCGAAACCGAAAGCUUCGAUACGUCGACGAGAUGGUGA